GACAGACUUCAUUAUCAGCUGACGAUAAAAAUAGAAACAUCUGUUCAAAGUUAUUGAACAGAUGAAAAAUUACGGCAAUUUCAUUAAAAUAUAACAUUUAUAAUCAGAAACGAAAAAUAAAAUGAAUGUUGAGGCAGGAGCUGGAAUCAAUACGUUUAAUCCCAAAAAUCCUCAUGGCAAAGGCGACCCAAAUGAUCUCUCCCUACGCAAAGUAGAGAUAGAAGUUCUUAUACCCAAAAUUAUGCGUGAUAGAGCCAAGGAAUCACACUGCAGUAAAGAGGUAAAGGCAUUUGAAAGCUGCUGUAAGGACCAGGGCAUAUUGAUGGUAGCGACAUGUCGUAAACAAAAUUCUGCUUUAAAAGAAUGUCUUGCAAACUGGUAUAGUAAUGAGACAUUUAAAGAGGAAUGCAAACAAAUCUAUUUACAAGAACGUUCAGAAUAUAGACGCACUGGAAUACCCAAGAAACAUAGAGUGGAAAAGAUCUAGUAGUAAAUCAUGUAACUAAAUAUAUAAAUUAAGCAUUUGAUUGAGAAAAAUAAAAGAUUAUUUUAUUGUA